AUGCCUCACAUCGACGAGGCCGAAUCGGCUGACUUGGAGGUCAAGGAGCUUUGGCGGCCCUCUUCCCCCGAGUCAACUCAAAUCUACGACUUUAUGACCAAGGUGAAUAAAAAGUAUGGUUUGUCAUUGAAGGACUACAAGUCCCUUUGGAAAUGGAGUGUAUCUGAACCAGCUCAAUUCUGGGAGCAAAUUUGGCAUUACACGCACAUCAAGGCUCACGAGCCAUACCAAAAGGUGCUUGAAUCGAAAGAUGUGCUCUUUCCUAGACCUGCCUUCUUUGAGGGAAGCCAGCUGAAUUUUGCAGAGAAUCUUCUCUAUCCUGCAACUGCGCCAGACGAGAAUUCGGUGGCAAUCAUUGGCGCCACUGAAGCAGCCCGUGAAUUCAUCUCAUGGAAAGACCUGCGAGAGCGAGUCCGGCAGUGUGCCAACGCCUUGAAAGAAGCGGGCGUCAGCACCGGCGAUCGUGUCGCUGGGUUUGUUGGCAAUCAUGUCACGACUGUUGUCGCCAUGUUGGCAGCAGCCUCCAUCGGUGCCUUUUGGACUGGUGUGUCGCCAGAUACAGGUGUUCAUGCAGUUCUGGAGCGGCUAAAACAGAUCCAGCCCAAAGUGCUUUUUGCGGACAACGGGUCUCUCUACAACGGCAAAGUACAUGGCUCACACGCCAAGGUCUGGGAGAUUGUUUCAGAGUUGCCAGGUCUUGAAUUGAUGGUGCUUCUUGUGACUGCCCCCGAGCUGGAGGUCAACCUUGAUGACCUGACACCUGUCAAUGGCAAAGCAAAGAUCUAUGACGACUUUUUGUCGGAGGUCCAGAACCCUCUGGCACCAUUGGAGUUCGCAAGUCUGAAGCCGGAGCACCCUGUCUAUAUUCUUUACUCGUCUGGAACAACAGGAGCACCAAAGCCAAUUGUUCACGGUUCAUUGGGAACGUUGCUGCAGCACAAGAAGGAGCAUCUACUGCAUUGUGACAUUCGACCGGGUGAUCGCCUAUUCUAUUUCACAACGACAACCUGGAUGAUGUGGCAUUGGCUAGUUUCCGGAUUGGCUAGCGGUGCAACCAUCGUUCUCUACGAUGGCUCGCCCUUCCGACCUUUUGACCCCGAGGGUGGGAAAGGAGAGAUGGCGAUGCCAAGGUUGAUCGAGGAACUCCAAAUCUCCCACUUCGGUACAUCAGCAAAGUACCUCUCUCUUCUGGAACAAGCUGUUUUGAACCCACGUAAACAUGCGACUCGACCGGUGUCAUUGAGCUCACUCCGAGCAAUCUUUAGUACUGGGUCUCCGCUGGCCCCUUCGACAUUUGAAUACAUCUAUUCCUCUUUCCACGACGAUAUCAUGCUCGGCUCCAUCACCGGUGGCACCGAUAUCCUCUCGCUGUUUGCUUCGGGCUGUCCCAUUCUCCCUGUCUACAAAGGAGAGAUUCAAUGUCGCUCUUUGGGCAUGGACAUUUCAGUGUUCGAUUAUGCUGGCGAAGACAUCAGUGCAUCGGGCGAGCCUGGUGACCUCGUCUGCGUUACGCCCUUCCCCGCACAACCAGUCAUGUUCUGGCCACCUGGUGAUAUUGGCUUGGAGAAGUACCGAAAGAGCUAUUUCGAUGUUUUCGGCCCCUCCGUUUGGCACCACGGCGACUAUGUGCGCCUAAAUCCGAAGACAGGUGGAGUGGUCAUGCUGGGUCGCAGCGACGGCGUUCUCAAGCCCUCUGGUGUCCGAUUCGGCAGCUCUGAGAUCUACAAUAUUCUUCUGAAGCAUUUCGCCAGUGAGAUCGAGGACUCUCUUUGCAUCGGUCGAAGACGUGAGGGUAUUGACACCGAUGAAACGGUUGUCUUGUUUGUACGUCUUGCUUCUGGCGAGUCGAAGAUGCCGCCAGAUCUCGCCACACGCAUACAGUCUAUUAUCCGAAGAGAAUUGAGCCCUCGCCAUGUUCCGGGGGUCAUUGACGCGUGCCCGGAGAUUCCGGUGACUUCGAACGGCAAGAAGGUUGAGAACGCCGUCAAGCAGAUCUUGUGCGGGCUGAACAUUAAGAUUGGUGCGAGUGUUGCAAAUGCUUCUUGUCUUGAUUGGUAUCGUACAUGGGCUUCGGAGCAUCCUUAG